GUUGGUGAGGAGUUUCCUGUUUCCCCCGCAGCGGCCGGGUGAAGUUGAGUGAGUCACUCGCGCGCACCGACAGACAACACCCCCGCGCGCACAUGCCCCGGGCUGGAGCCGGCCUCCUGUGCAGUUCUCCUCGGCCGCCGGGGGCCUCCCCGCGCUUCGCUGGCCUCUAGGCCCCCGCCUAGCUCGCUCGUGGACGCCACAUCUGGCCCGCACAUCUGCCCGGCCCGCCCGGCGCGGGGUCUGGAGAGGGCGCCGCGCGGAGGCGCAGCCUGGGGCCCGGGGAGGCGUCGUCCGCUGCGCUCUGGGCUUAGUCUAUGAAGAGCAGCGGGAUCUGCCAUGGGUCGGGGGCUGCUCAGGGGCCUGUGGCCGCUGCACAUCGUUUUGUGGACGCGUAUCGCCAGCACGAUCCCGCAGCAAGUUCAGAAGUCGGUUAAUGAUGACAUGAUGGUUACGGACAACAAUGGUGCAAUCAAGUUGCGGCAACUGUGUAAAUUUUGUGAUGUGAGAUUUUCCACCUGUGACAACCAAAAAUCCUGCAUGAGCAACUGCAGCAUCACGUCCAUCUGUGAGAAACCACAGGAAGUCUGUGUGGCUAUAUGGAGAAAAAAUGAUGAGAACAUAACACUAGAGACACUUUGCCAUGACCCCAAGCUCCCCUACCAUGGAUUUGUUCUGGAAGAUGCUGCUGCUUCAAAGUGUGUUAUGAAGGAGAAGAAAGUGAUUGGCGAGACCUUCUUUAUGUGUUCCUGUAGCUCUGAAGAGUGUAAUGACCACAUCAUCUUCUCGGAAGAAUAUAACACCAGCAGCCCUGAUUUGUUGUUAAUCAUUGUCCAAGUGACGGGCGUCAGCCUUCUGCCACCAUUGGGCAUUGCCAUAGCCGUGAUCAUCACCUUCUACUGCUAUCGGGUUCACCGACAACAGAAGCUGAGCCCAUCCUGGGAGACCAACAAGCCACGGAAGCUCAUGGAGUUCAGUGAGCACUGUGCCAUCAUUCUGGAAGAUGACCGCUCAGACAUCAGCUCUACUUGCGCCAACAACAUCAACCACAACACGGAGCUGCUGCCCAUUGAGCUGGAUACCCUGGUGGGGAAGGGCCGCUUUGCUGAAGUCUACAAGGCCAAGCUGAAACAGAACACUUCAGAGCAGUUUGAGACCGUGGCAGUCAAGAUCUUCCCCUAUGAGGAGUAUGCCUCCUGGAAGACAGAGAAAGACAUCUUCUCAGAUAUCAACCUGAAGCACGAGAACAUACUCCAGUUUUUGACGGCUGAGGAGCGGAAGAUGGAGCUAGGAAAGCAGUAUUGGCUCAUCACCGCCUUCCAUGCCAAGGGCAACCUACAGGAGUACCUCACUCGGCAUGUCAUCAGCUGGGAAGACCUGCGCAAGCUGGGCAGCUCCCUUGCCCGGGGCAUUGCUCACCUGCACAGUGAUCACACCCCAUGUGGGAGGCCCAAAAUGCCAAUCGUGCACAGGGACCUCAAGAGUUCCAAUAUCCUUGUAAAGAAUGACCUGACAUGCUGUCUGUGUGACUUUGGGCUUUCCUUGCGUCUGGACCCCACUCUAUCUGUGGAUGACCUGGCCAACAGUGGGCAGGUGGGAACUGCAAGAUACAUGGCCCCAGAAGUCCUAGAGUCCAGGAUGAAUUUGGAGAAUGUUGAGUCCUUCAAACAGACAGAUGUCUACUCCAUGGCUCUGGUCCUCUGGGAAAUGACGUCUCGUUGUAAUGCGGUGGGAGAAGUAAAAGAUUAUGAGCCUCCAUUUGGUUCCAAGGUGCGGGAGCAUCCCUGUGUUGAAAGCAUGAAGGACAAUGUGUUGAGAGAUCGAGGUCGACCAGAAAUUCCCAGCUCCUGGCUCAACCACCAGGGCAUCCAGAUGGUGUGUGAGACACUGACCGAGUGCUGGGACCAUGACCCCGAGGCUCGUCUCACAGCCCAGUGCGUGGCAGAGCGCUUCAGUGAGCUGGAGCACCUGGACAGACUCUCGGGGAGGAGCUGCUCUGAAGAGAAGAUUCCCGAAGAUGGCUCACUGAACACUACCAAAUAGUUUUCCCUGGGCUGGCUGGACCGAGUCCAAACAGGCCACCCCUUUUGCCAAA